UUUUCAUGAAAUAAUUUUUAUUUACCAGAAAACAAACAUAAAGAUUUGCUUUUAAAGAACUUGUCAUUGUUGAAAAUGCCUCCCAAAAGCAAAAAGCAAAAAACACAACACUCGACUUGCAGUGAAAAUAUACAGACAAGCAGCACCACAGAUACAAAUACCAAUAGCAGCAGCGACAAUGCAGCCCCAGUACUAAGCAAAUACUUCCCACCUCCGAGUACCAGCCCACAAGACUUUCCAGCUAAAUUCCUCGAAAUCGAAGCUAAACAAACCGACAAGCUCCUUAGCCUUGACUAUGGGGAGGGGAUAACCCACGUCUACAACCCUCUGGACUACGCGAGUGAAAUCCACGCCGAUUUUGUCUCAAAAUUUUGCCAGGGGACGAAGAAGGUCUUGAUGAUGGGCAUGAACCCAGGGCCUUGGGGGAUGGGGCAGACUGGGGUGCCAUUUGGACAUGUAAAAUAUGCAAAGGAAUGGCUAGGAGUGACUGGCAGUGUCAAAAGGCCCGAGAAAGAGCAUCCCAAAAGGCCAAUACAAGGCUUGGAGUGUCCAAAAAGUGAGGUGAGUGGGGAUCGUCUGUGGUCGCUGCUGAAGGAGCUGAGUGGCUCUCCAGACAUACUGUUCAGACACGUUUUCCUCCACAACUACUGCCCACUAUUCUUCCUGAAGGAGUCCGCUAAAAAUGUCACUCCGCCUGAGCUGAAGGUUAAGCAGCGAACUGGCCUGGAGGAAGCCUGUGAUGAAGCCUUGGUAGACACAGUCAAGCUCCUUCAAGUUGAGCACGUAAUCUGUGUGGGGAAUUAUGUUACAGACAGAACACGUAAAGCCUUUGACAAAGCAGGCAUUACAAACAUUGAGAUUAGCUUGUUGAUGCACCCAAGCCCAGUGAACCCAGCAGCAAAUAAAGGGUGGAGGGAAAUUGCUAUCAAACAAUUAACAGAAAGCAAGGUCAUUCAGUAUUUUAAGCCAGAAGCUUAAUUGUAGCAUUCAGAUGUUCGUACAAUUUACA